AUGGCGGAGAUAUGGUGGCGAGCGGUGGCGGCAGCGUUGGUGUUGGUGGCGUGUGCUUUUCCGGCCACAGUCGAGUGUCGCAUUCGUAAUUACAAAUUCAACGUGGUAAUGGCAAAUGCGACAAAACUAUGUGAAAGUAAGCCGAUAGUAACGGUUAAUGGUCGUUUCCCGGGCCCCACUUUGGUUGCCCGGGAGGACGACACGGUAACGGUCAAAGUGGUCAACCAUGUUAAAUAUAACGUUAGCAUUCACUGGCAUGGGGUUCGACAACUGAGAACCGGGUGGGCGGAUGGUCCGGCUUACAUAACGCAAUGCCCGAUUCAGCCGGGGGGAACGUACGUAUACAAGUUCACACUUACGGGCCAAAGGGGCACCCUUUGGUGGCAUGCACAUGUCUUAUGGCUACGAGCCACGGUCCAUGGCGCCAUUGUCAUCCUGCCAAAGCUCGGGGUUCCCUACCCUUUCCCUAAACCGAAUAAGGAAGUGGUGGUGGUAUUAGGAGAAUGGUGGAAAUCGGAUACUGAGGCCGUGAUCAACCAAGCACAAAAGUUAGGCGGAGCCCCGAACGUUUCGGAUGCUCACACCAUCAAUGGAAAUCCCGGGCCGAUCUCGAAUUGCUUAGCAAAUGGAGGGUUCAAAUUACCGGUGGAUCACGGGAAGACGUAUAUGUUAAGGAUCGUUAAUGCUGCGCUGAAUGAAGAGCUUUUCGUGAGGAUUGCGAACCAUAAGUUCACGGUCGUUGAGGUCGAUGCCGUUUACGUGAAACCUUUCACAACGGACACGAUUCUUAUCGCACCAGGCCAGACCACGAAUGCCAUUAUAACCACGACUCAGAAAGCUGGGAAGUACUUGGUUGCAGUCUCCCCGUUCAUGGAUGCCCCUAUUGCUGUCGACAACCGGACCACCACCGCUUCUCUACGUUACUCCGGCAUUCUCACUUCUAGCAAUACGAAACUCGUGGCUCCUCCGCCUCAAAACUCGACUCCGGUCGCCAACACGUUCAUGAACUCCCUAAGAAGCUUGAAUUCUGCAACUUACCCAGCCAAAGUCCCGUUGACCAUCAAUCACUCGUUGUUUUUCACCAUCGGAUUGGGAAUCAAUCCUUGCGCAACCUGUGUCAACGGUAGUUCGGUGGUAGCGGACAUCAACAACAUCACGUUCGUCAUGCCGACGACCGCCCUUCUCCAGGCACAUUACUUCAACAUAAGCGGGGUUUUCACCGACGAUUUCCCAAGCAAACCGUCGAUGCCGUACAAUUACACCGGACCACAACCAACAAAUCUUGCCACAAACAAAGGCACGAAGCUUUACCGACUCCCGUAUAAUUCUACGGUGCAACUCGUUUUGCAGGACACCGGAAUGAUCGCGGCCGAAAGUCAUCCGAUCCACUUACACGGCUUCAACUUCUUUGUCGUCGGAAGAGGGAUCGGAAACUUUAACCCGAAUAAAGAUCCGAAAAGCUUCAAUCUCGUGGACCCUGUUGAAAGGAACACCGUCGGCGUCCCAACCGGUGGCUGGACUGCGAUUCGAUUCAAAGCAGAUAAUCCGGGAGUAUGGUUCAUGCAUUGUCAUUUGGAAGUGCACACGACGUGGGGACUUAAGAUGGCAUUUGUGGUGGACAAUGGAGAAGGUCUUAAUGAGUCAGUCAUACCACCUCCAGCUGAUCUACCCAAAUGUUGAGCCCAUUUUGUUGUGGGGAAACUAGGAUUUGGAGUUCUUUUGGGUAGCCCAUGUUAAAUGGGCUGCUUAAAGCUGAAUAAAUCAGCCCAAUUGCUUUUUUGU